UGGACUCGGAGAGUAUGUUUUGGCUACUUGGCUGUAUAUGAAACAUCUCUAAAUUAAACUGUGAAGGAUAUCGCCACAGUACAACAAGGAGCAUAGAGGAAUUACUGUCCUACUUUCAUUCAGUUUCAGCGUAUAUUGCGCAAAUGUAUUCUAUGUAUGCCGCUUGCAGUCUUAUCACUUUUAGAUUUUCUUUGUGACUUAUUAACAUAUUCAGUAACGUUUACACAUGGUUUAUACUGAGAAUAACUGGAUAUUUCGUUAAUUCCCUAACGUUGUUCAAUAUGUGUGUGUGUUUGUGUGCGUGUGCGUGCGUGUUUUGCCUGUUUUUUAGAAAGAGAGAUGGAAAGAUAAUAUUUGCCUCAGAAGCGUGUUUGUGUUGUGAUUAAUUGUAAAAUACUGCCGUCUGUUGGUCACUGGAAGAAAUGUGAACGUGUGUCUGGUGACAACUUUAUUACCACGACGAUGCAUUGACUAGGCCAGAGUAAUGAGGGACAUGUCCCAUGAUCCGGACUGUCUUGGCACAUAUGCAAUGGCAUGGAUAUACCAGUCUCAUUACCAGCAAUGUAAAUAUUAUAAUUUCUCAGCUAGCUCAAUAUUUAGCCAAGUUAAGAGAACUUGAUUAAGCCAUUCAUCAGCCCAGGUGUAGCUGUUCUGUUUAUUUGGCUUGGCAGGAUCUGAUUUGAGUAGUGUGUUUGCAUUUGGCGAGAGUUCUGAUUGAAUACCAGUGUGCCCUGAGGAUCAUUCUUCUAUAGGAUCUUUUUUAAAUUUUUCAAUGAAUCUGUAAUUGGCCGUGGCUGCCUUCCCCUCUCUAUCUUCCCCUGGGGAGGAACCCUCAGACAGAAGCCGCCUGUCCUUCCACAUACCCAACCCUCAAUAACCCAUCCAUCGUCACAACCCUGUGAUCUUGGCCUGUUUUGUUGAAUGCUGAUUUCACUGAAGCCAUUAGAGAGGUCUUCCACUAUACCCAGGGCUUCACAGACACAAUGGACAGACACGCUCCCAAGGUCUCCGCAACCACCAUAAUCACCAGCCUCUCUCUCUGUCAGCAUAGACCUCUGUGCCUGGAUGGGGUGACCGGUAAACCUUAAAGAACACAUAUUGGAGCCUGGGGUAAAGCGAGAGCUGCUGCCUGUAGGGCCAUAUUGUGCUUUGUCUCCUGUGUAUGUAUGGUCAGUAUCGUGUUGUGCCUAGUGUGUCGGGAGGGUGGACCAAGACAUCGGCUGCCUUCUUGUCUCAAGCUGUUUCUCUAAACCCGGAUCACGUCUGUAGAAAAAUAUUGUAUGGAAGCAACAGUGAGGUAGCUGGCAUCUUUGUCCUGGAGGAACAAAGCAAGGGGCUCUAACGUCAUAGGGAGCCACAGCCUUUAUCCCGCCUUUCCUCCUCGUUUUCCUUUCUGACUGAAACUUACCGACAGAGAGAGAGAGAGAGGGUAAGGGAAAGAGCGAGGCGACGUGUGAAAGAAGGGGGAGACAUGUACCAAACACUUCUCCUCUCCUCAUCUCUCCUCAUCCUCCAUGUGACGGCCAGUCCACAGUUCCACGGUCACCACGGAAGGAGGGUGUGUGGCAGAGAGGUCCGUCACAGCAGUGUUGCCGUGACGACAGAGUCAUUUGUCCAGCCUGUUCAUAAACCCUACAUCACCCUGUGUCAGGGACACCGCCUCUGUAGCACCUACAAAACAGUAUACAGGGUUGCGUACCGUCAGGUGACCAGAGCGUCACCAGUCUCUCACACUUACCCAGAAUGCUGCCCAGGCUGGCAAAGACUCCACUCCCACAACUGUAACCAUGCAGUGUGUGGCCAGUCCUGUGUGAACGGAGGCACAUGUUUAACACCUAACCACUGUGCCUGUCCUCUGGGCUGGAUGGGACGCCACUGCGAAACGGAUAUGGACGAGUGCAGCGAGCGGCAGCCCUGCGGCCAUCGGUGUGUGAACGUGCCAGGAAGCUACCGCUGUGCGUGUCGGGAGGGCUACCGGCUCACCGGAGACAGACACUCCUGUGAAAACCUGCCUCCUCCAGCUCCUCCUGCACCUCCUACCCGCACCAGCCAGGCGGAAGCAAAAGAUAACCGAACCUCCUCCACCUUUCCAGGUGGAGGGUUUGGGCUGGCUGAGAACAUCACAGAGGAGGUACAGAGCCUGAAGAACCGAGUUGAGCUGCUAGAGCAGAAGCUCCAGUUGGUCCUGGCCCCCGUCAACAGUCUGUUCCCCAUGUCGCUGGACGAGGGCGUGUCUGAGAAGACAAGCUUUCUGUCUCACUCCUUCCAGCAGCUGGACCGCAUAGACUCUCUCAGUGAACAGAUUGGCUUCCUCGAGGAACGUCUUGGGACCUGUGAGUGGACACACCCCUCUGGUUGAACAGACCAAAUAUACUGGUUCCUGCCAGGAGAAUUAGACACAGAACAGGACUCGGUGACCCUCUUCACACAAGUCUGAAUCCAUAAAAUAAUGACAGUAGAAAUGGAAUGGAGGUCCUGGCACAACAAUAAGAGAAAAGGAAGUACAGUUGCAGAACUGAGGCCUAUUCAGGGUAUUUCUGUUUUUUUUGUUGAUCCAGAGUUUCCCAUCCAUUAACUCUGGCUCAACAAUGGGCAACCUGUUGUGUUGUACCUAUUACUAAUCCAUACAACCAAGCCAAGUAGGUUUCCCAUAGAUACCUGACAGGACCACAGAGAGCAGUAGUAAGGCUUCUGCACAUGACAAGGUUACAGGGGCCUCAUUCUCCCAUUACCGUAUUAAUGGAACAUCUACCUGAGAGUCAUAGGUCAAAAAGCCAUUAAGACACUAAAAUGUCUGGCUUCUGUGUUUUACAUUCAAAUCAGUGCAACUGGGUCUACUGUUGUAAGGCACGUAUGGCCGUCUGUAUUUAUCUAUUUAAGUUAUAAUUCCAUGUACUUAUUUUAUAGAGCAAUUAGAUAGUUGGCUUUUAAUUGUUUACUUAAUUUUGUAACUUUUUCUAAUAAAAUGGUAUCAUAAAAAAUGUCAAGUGGAUUUAGUGUGUUCUAUACAGUGCUCCAUGUGCUGUCUAAUACAUACCGAUGUUUCUGUGCAAUCAAAGAAUUCUGCAUCAUCGAUAUUAAGUGGGUCCUACAAAGGGCUUCAACGUUGUUGUCGAACACAACACUGACAGGACAAAAUGCAAAUGGAAGCUCACACAAAUUGCUUUGUUGAAAUGUAUACAAUGUUUCU